GAAAAGCAAUGAAAAUUGAAUUGCUUAUUUCGUGUUGAUAAAUUUGAUGCUUAUUUUUAUAAAUAAAACGUAUGUCUUAGCCGAAUAAUAUCGAUAUUAUCAAAAAUGAAUACUAGUGACUUCGAUUGUCCUCAAUAUGUGUGUUUCGAAACUUUACAAAGAGAAAUGAGAGAUUCAUCAACAUUAUCAAUGGAUUCUUUAGAUGAAGUGAAUCAUCACCAAAAUGAUUCUUUGUUAUCUGGUGAUCUCUCACACUCAAUUUCGGAUACUCUUCUUUCUAAUUAUACUGAAAGCUCUAAUUCUAUGGACAUCGGAGAUAGCAACAGUUUGCUCCAUGACAUUGGGUCAAAUGAAAAAGAAAACUUCCAUGUAAAUCAAUCCAAGAAAGUAAUAAUUAAAACGAAAUCAAAAGCACCUAAAACAACCCAACCCAGACCUUUCCAAUUUGAAACAGACAAUCGUAUAAAGAGUAAACCUACUAAUACUGGCUCCAAUUAUGAUGAAAAAGAUUUUGCAUCAAAGUUGAGACAGAAUACAAAUACCAGCAGCCAGUCAACUGUAAGUACUAUGAAAAAUCGAGUGACUAAGGUAAAGCCAUUCAAUCUGACAGUGCCUUCAAAAAGAAAACUUGAAGAAGAUACUGAGUAUAUUCCAUUAGCUGAACAAAUUUCAGCUUUUCACCAGAAAGUCCCUGAACGCUAUCAAACAACUUCUCAAAAAGAGUUUCAACCACAAGAGCACUGGGAACCACCUCCUCUUCAAGCCAGAUCACCGAAAUUGCAGGCUGUUAAACGUCAACGUGUAGUAACUGCUAUCAGCCGUGAAGAACAGGAGCUAAAAGAAAUUAAAGAGUACGAAUUUCAUGCCCGACCUGUGGAUCCUAAAAUAUACAAAGGUCCUUCAAAAGUUAAAGUUCAACCUAAAACUAAACUUGCAACAAAGGGAAAAAAUAUUCGUUUGAGAACUGCACAACGAGCAGCUUUGCAACGUCGUAUGUCCUCUGAAAAAAAGUAUGAAUUUAAAGCUCGACCAGUUCCAAAGGACAUUUUAAAUGGCCCAACUGGUCUGAAAGAGAAACCUGUUAUUCCUAUAACAGAAGCUAAAGCUCCAGCAUUUCAAACAGAUAAUAGACUACAAAAAAGGAAAAUAAUGGAGCAAGAGAAAAAAGUACAAGAGGAAGAAAAGGAACUCUUGCAGAAAAAAAAUCUUUCAAAGCAUCAGACAUCUGUUGUAAAAGCACCUCCAGCACCAUAUAUACCUAAACGUACUGAGGUACAGCCUUUUAGUUUUGAUAAAGCUGACAGAGAGAGAUUUUCAAGAAAAGAAAAGAAAAUUCAAGAGGAAUUAGAAGAACAGAGUAAACCUUUUGUUUUCCGUGCACAAAUGAUGCCUGUUCCAGAACCAUCUGCUUUGCCAGCAGUUCCAAGAAGGCCACCAACUCAGCCUGAACCUUUUAAAUUUGAGUUGGAGCACAGAUGUGCAAAGCACGAUAGCUUACAUGUUGAAGAACAGCAAAUGUCUUUUAAAGCACAACCUGCUGUUGUUUUGAAGAAAAAACCUUUUGUACCUGAAAAGCCACCAAAACCAAAUCUAGCAGAAAUUGAAGAAUUCCACUUACAUACUGAGAAACGAGCUUCAGAACGCCAUCGUUUAGAAGAGAUUAAAAAAGCUGAAGAACGUGAAAAAGAGAGGAUUCUUCAGGAGCAAAAACGAAUUCAAGAAGAACAAGAACGCAUGGAACUAAUGAAAUUGAGGCAGGAACUGGUUCAUAAGGCCAAUCCAAUUCCAGAAUACAAACCCGUGGAGAUAAAACCCAGUGAUAAACCUUUGACCAUUCCUAUUUCUCCUGAAUUCGAGACUGAUAAGCGAUUGAAAACGAAACACUGAUUCUUAUGAUUUAUUUUUGUUUAUCAAUCAUAUUUAAAUGUAUGUUUAUUUAACUUUAAAGCUUUUAACAUUUUUACCUUUUAUUUGCUUAGCUGUAACAUUUAGAGUAUAUUUUAAUAAAAGAUUAUGGCUUAA